AUGGAGAAGAUCUCCACAGCCACCAUGUAUUUCCCUUUGGUGCUCAGAAUAGAAAUAGAUGAAAGCGUGAUUCCAAACUGGACUUCAUCAGCACAAAACCAUACCUUAGUGACAGAGUUCAUCUUGACAGGCCUCUCCAACAACCACCAGACACAGCUAAUGCUCUUUGUGGUGUUCCUGGUGGCCUACCUGCUUACCUUGGCUGGGAACAUCAUCAUUAUGGUCACCAUUGUGCAUGAUCGAGGCCUCCAUACCCCCAUGUACUUCUUCCUAAGCAAUCUCUCUUUGAUUGACAUCUGCCACUCCACAGUCACUGUGCCCAAGAUGCUGGUUGACUUCCUAUCCAGAGAAAAGAUCAUCUCCUUUGGAGGCUGUGUGGCCCAAAUGUUCUUCCUCCACCUUUUUGCCUGCACUGAGAUUUUUCUCCUCACUGUCAUGGCCUACGACCGCUACGUGGCCAUCUGCAAUCCCAUGCAUUAUCUCACUGUCAUGAACCACAAGGUCUGUCUCCUACUGGCUGGCACAAUCUGGUUAGGUGGCAUGGUGCACUCUCUCGCCUUGACUGGCAUGACCAUCAAACUACCCUACUGUGGCCCCAAGAAGGUGGAUAACUUUUUCUGUGACGUUCCACCAGUCAUCAGACUUGCAUGCACCGACACUUACAUCAUCGAGAUCCUUAUUGUUUCCAACUCAGGGUUGAUUUCAGUGGUCUGCUUUGUAGUUCUGGUGGUUUCUUAUGGGGUCAUCUUGGUCUCCCUCCGCAACCGUUUUGCGGAAGGCCAACGCAAGGCACUCUCCACAUGUGCAGCACACCUCACUGUGGUGACCCUCUUUCUGGGACAUUGCAUUUUCAUUUAUUCUCGUCCCUCCACCAGCUUUGCAGAGGACAAGGUCGUGUCUGUCUUCUUCACUGCUGUAACCCCAUUGCUCAACCCCAUCAUCUACACAUUAAGAAAUGAAGACAUGAAGCAGGCACUCCAUAAAUUGUUUAGACAGAAGGUGAAUGCAGAGAAGUGA